AUGGCGGCGACAGAUUCAACGUCGGCCGCCCGGUCACCCGUCGAGGCUGGUGCGGCAGUGGAUCUGAUGGACAGCAACGUCUCUAGCCCUCUCAGCGAGGUGGGAGAUGGCGAUGCCAACGACGAGGAAAUCGAGCAUCUGCGGCUUGAUUCUCGCAACGAUGCCGGCGACAAUUCUAGCGUCAGCGGCGACGAGGCUCCCCACGACCACAAAGGCGCCACCGACUCCGAUAGCUUUCUCUCGGACGCCGCGUCGGAUCUGAACUCGGAUGCCAACGACACCGAGGCUGAAACAGAAAGAUUAUAUGACACGCCCAAGAACCAGAGGCAGCGUGAUGUCGUCGUCGACCGCUACAACAAUGGUCAGAUCUUCGAGAACACACCCAGCAAGCUGCGCAGAACCUCCCGCAUGGGUGACGGCGACAACGAAUCCGACUCUGGCGACGGAGAAUCUGUCGCCUCCAGCCGUGUCGAAGGAGCAGAAUCCCCUGCGAAGCCUGCCACGACAAACGAUACCAGCGUAGACGAAGACGUCAAGCACGAUUCACAGGAACGCAAGCGAAAGCGGCCCCCUGCCGUUGACAUUCCCGACCUGGACCAGCCGCUCAGAAAGCGGACGUCCUCGUUGGGGCCUCCCGAACCAGAUGCCGGUGAUGUCACACCGCUGAACGGGGACGAUACCAUGGUGGCAAAUUUGCCGAGCGGCGUCCCAUCCGCAGCCGAGGACGAACCCGACUCGCCAUCCAACCGCGACGAAGCCGCCGAGGCACUGGAGCAAGAAGAGAAGGAGACCAAGACGUCGAAGCGAAGCUCUCUGACGCGUAAACGCGCAUCAUCAGACGACGCGGCCGGCGAGGCAGACAGUGACGCUCGGUCCGAGCAGCUGGACGCUGCGGCCGAGGAUGAUGCAGAGCCGGCUGAAGGGGAGCUCGAGGGAGAUGCCGAGGAGGAGGCGGAAGCGGCGGCGAGAAACAUCGAAGAGAUGGAGAGGAAGAACGCGGCGCUCAAGGACUGGUCGCAUAUCGAGGAAAUGUUUGGCGUAUUCAGAGAGAGACUCUACCGAGAUCGACUUCAACAAUUGGAAGAGGAAGAGCGCUCGUUGCUGGCCGACGAACCGACGCACUUUGAUUAUCUGAACAUGAAGAAGUGCAUCGAUGACCGGUUGAACAGGCGACUGCAGGAGAUUGAGACGGAGUAUGAGCUGCAGCUGAAAGCCAACGAACGACGGACGAUAGCACAGCGGGCGCAAAUUUGGAGCCAGUUCUUCCAGGCGGUUCGCGAGAGGAGAGAGCAGGCACUGGAAAAGCUGAACCAACAGUGGUACGAGGUGCAGAGUGCCCGGCGGAAGGCGCACAGCUUGCCGGACUACGGCCUGUUGUUCCCCAAGACGCCGGCGGAACGGGUUCGGAACGCCGUCGCGUACAAUACGGAAGUUUCCACCCUAGCCGGCCUUGCCAAGUACGAGGGCUUCCCUGCCGGGCCCGAGCUGAUGGGGGCGUCGACUGCUGAGGCGGAGGCAGAUUUCAACAGCAUCGCUCAGGUUCGACGCAGCCGGCAGAAGCACACGCCAUAUCACUCGGCCCCUCGUGAGGAAUAUCACGCGGCGCCAACCUUCCGGCUUGGACCUGCCGGCGAGCAGUUCAUCAAGGACACGCCAUGGGCCAACCCUCACCACUCGUCUCACAAGCUACAUCAGCAUCAGCCUGCUUCCGUCCAACCCGACGGCCGGGUCGAGCAAGCAGGCGUUGCCGGAGCUGUCCAAGCAGCCAUCGCACCCGAGCUUGGGGAUGUAGGAGCUGCGCUUGAUGAUGCAGCUUCUGCUCAUGGGCCACCGUCGUCGCUGACUCGCUCGUCGAAUUCUCCCGAGAAGGCGCGAAACAUGAAUCUGAUGGAGCGAGUCGGCGGCAGCCCCGCCCCAGGCCAUUGA